AUGAACGCUUACAACCCUCGUCGGGUGUCCUACCUGAGGGCUCCGGGGACGGGAGGCAUGCCCAAGCCUUGGGUAUCGCCUUACCCUUCGCUCAGCUCCAUCGGAUAUCCACCUUCAACAAGAUCAGCCGACGAGCGGUUCGCGUCCGCCGUAUGGCAUCGCACGUUCAACCACAUCGACUAUGCGGCAUACAAAGCGGCCUGUGACGCGGAAAGAGCAGCAAAGCCGGAGCGAGACGCGGACGUCUUCUCAGUAACGGCAUCAUCAUAUCGCAGUGGAUUCUCGAGACUAGGUGCCAUGCUCACUAUUUACCCGUACCGCGAUAUGGGAUGGCUCGUAACUAUGGUGUUCAUCGCCGGAAGUAUCUGCUUCUGCCUCAACGGCAUCUUCACACUCAUCCCUCUAUUGAGUCCUGCUCUGGACUUCCCGGGACAGGAUGCUGGUUAUCAAACAACAAAGACCCUGGGAGGGGCGCUGUUCGCCUUGAGCGGUCUUAUGGGAUUGCUGGCAGCAUUCAACGUCGACCGUGGCGUGUUGGACCCAAAGAAAGACGCGCCUGAUGCGUACAAGCCAGCACUACUCGGCAGCGAUGAAUGGGUUUGGUGGGCCAACUGGUACGAGCUUCGAACUGUCUUCUUGCCUAGCUUGGCCUUCCGAGCUGGUAUCCUUCAGUUUCUUGCCGGGUCUUCCUUCACCGUCUCCGCCGUCUCUGGGAUUCCGGGUGUCCUCGAUCUCUCACACCCUAGCGCCGGUAUUAUUUUCGUAACAUCACCUCUCCUCAUCGGUGGCGGUCUAUUCGUGAUCGCCGGUUUUCUGAUGAUCUACCUGUCUCAGGACAAGUGGUACGUCCCGAAGAUUCUCGACGCCAGUUGGCAGAAUGGACUCUGGAAUUUGGUCGGCGCUGGUGCUUUCUUGGCUGUUGGCGUUGUCACCCUUCUCGCAAAGAAUGCGGCUGUGGCUAUCGCGGCGUUAUUCUUGACAGGUGGACUGGGUUUUCUGAUGGCUGCCCUGAUUCAGUGGUACAUCAUUAUGGAGUUCUAUCCGACUGAUCCUUAUAUGGAGGACCCCGCGACUGCGGCAGAGAUUCCUUCACAGUCGAUUUAUUGA